UAGUCUUACUUUUUAAUACUCUUAAUGAGCUUGUUCCAAUUCACCAACUACUUUAGCUGUGACUUGGUGACGUGCAGCCACCCUCCCCCUCCCUCACCCACCCACCUAUCCACUCAAAGAUUUGGCCGAAGGUGAACGAUCGAGUCUCGAGGAAUGCUUCGCCUGGUCCAGGUUCCCACACGGAUUGGAAAAUAAUAAAGACCGUCGAUCGGCCGCGAUUCUUGCGCCACGAAUCAUUUUACCCGUGAACACGAGACCCCGUGCUGUUUUUUUUAAUGUUUAAAGAAAAAAAAAGGACCUGUUGAAUGUUAACGCCAAUUAACUCGCUGACGAACGUUUUCUCGAAGAAGCCCAGGGACAUGGCUUGUGACCUGCUUCACCACUGAGCCCCCGAGCCUCCUGGACGCUCCCACCAUUUCCUUCUCCAAGCGGAGCAGGUUCCAAAAGACGUUCUCGAAAAUGACGAGCCUCUUCCGGCGAAACAGUAGCAACGGGGGCUCCAAAGGCAGCUCUCCCAACGUGCCCUCCUCCCAGGUGAUGAACAACAGCCGGCCGGCCCGCCAGGUGCGGAGACUGGAAUUCAACCAGGCCAUGGAGGACUUUAAGGUCAUGUUCCCCAACAUGGAUUAUGACGUGAUCGAGUGCGUGCUGAGGGCCAACAAUGGGGCCGUGGACGCCACCAUCGAUCAGUUGUUGCAAAUGAACUUGGACUGCGGCUUCGACAAUGGCUACGAUGACAGCUCGGACUCAGAGGACAGUAUCCCACCAGAGAUUUUGGAGAGGACGCUGGAGCCUGACAGUUCCGACGAGGAGCCCCCCCCUGUGUACUCUCCGCCUUCGUACGACAUGCACAUAUACGACCGUCAGUACCCGCAGGUCGCUCCCUUGCCACCUUGCCGGCUCGACGUACAGACGCCUGGAGUGAGUCAGCCGCAGCGGCGGUAUCGGAACUGGAACCCCCCAUUGCUGGGCAACCUGCCCGACGACUUCCUGCGCAUUUUACCGCAACAGCUUGACACGGUCCAGAACUCACAGAAAAAUGGCCGCCAGUCUCUGCCCGGGGACAGCCAGGCCUCGCGAGGCUCCUCCCUGGAGCAGGAGCGGAAGCUGAAGCAGUACCUGGAGGACGAACGCAUUGCCCUGUUCCUCCAGAACGAGGAGUUCAUGAAGGAGCUCCAGAGGAACCGAGAGUUUCUGCUGGCGUUGGAAAAGGAUCGGCUGAAAUACGAGUCUAAAAAAUCAAAGUCGAGUAACAGUGGGAGCGAGACAUUGCCCUGUGCUGACAGCAGUGUUCCCCCAGUGACCCCAGUGGAUUCCGGUGCCUCUGGAGCGGCUGAAGCGAGCAGUGCGGUGUGUGAUGACGCCUUGUUUAGGGACAAACUGAAGCACAUGGGGAAAUCGACACGCAAGAAACUUUUUGAAUUGGCCAGAGCCUUCUCUGAGAAAACAAAGAUGAGAAAGUUGAAGCGAAAGCACUCCUUAAAACAUCACACUCUCGGGACAGCAGCUUCUACGGCAAACCUUCUGGACGAUGUAGAAGGGAAUUCUUGCGAUGAAGAUCUCCAGUUCAGAAAGCAGCCCCUGCAGGAGGAGGAUGAAGAAUACAAGGACAGCAAGUCAUGAUCCUGAAGCCUUUGGCCCCGGGAAGGAUUGGGAAGUUGAGGGACUCAGUGGAAGGACUAUCACUCUUCACAGAUGAAGAAGACGGCAGUUAACGUGCAUCGCUUCUCUUCGUCUGCUUUCUUAUUAACGUUUCUGUUUCGAUCUCGAACAAGGCACAGCUGAUUGGUGGGAUGGGGUGGGGCAGGGUGUGGGGGAGAGUGGAGGGAGGGAGAAAGGAAUGUCAAACCAUCCAGCUGUGUCUGCCAUUGAAAGUCAAGGGUUUGUGCGCCUUCUUGUUUUUAUCUCUUGUUUCUCUUUAAUUCUCUGUGCAAUUAAAGCACUGGCUAUCCUUCUCCACCCA